GUGCCUUCCCUCGACUCGACACUUUUCUGUACCCGGCAGGGAUCGGACCGCUGACAUCCUCCUCCUCGUUAUUACUGACCAGCUGAAAUGGCUUUAGAUGGUAAAAUUGCAGUUGUGACCGGAGCAGCGCUGGGAAUAGGAAAAGCAAUAACGGAGACACUUCUGCAAAACGGUGCCAAGGUAGCUCUCUUGGAUUUGAAUGAAACUGCAGGGAAGAGUUUAAUGGAAACCAUCAAUAAACUGUAUGGACAAGGGAGAGCUUUGUUCCUGAACUGCAACGUUGAAUCAGAGGAGCAGAUCAAAGCGGCCCUUCAGAAAACUGCAGAAACCUUUGGAGGGGUAGACAUCCUGUGCAACAAUGCUGGCAUCUUGAAUGAGCGCACAUGGGAGAAAACUGUCUCCAUAAAUUUGGUGGGUGUUAUCAGGGUAACCUACCUGGCUCUGGAGCACAUGAGCAAGUUGACUGGAGGUCGGGGAGGGGUCAUCGUCAACACAGCAUCUAUGGCAGGUAUUGGUCCUUUAUUUAGCUGUCCUGUCUAUACUGCCACGAAGCAUGGAGUGGUCGGCUUCACCCGAGCUAUGGCGGGUGCCUCCACCACGUCAGGCUACGGUGUACGGUUCAACGCUCUUUGCCCAAGUUUCGUCCAAACUAAUCUCCUCUCCACCCUCACGUCUGAACUGGGACAGUUCGCCAACCUGGCUGAAUCAACCCAACAAUUAAUAGACAAGAUGGGGAUAUUAAAUGUGUCUGACGUAGCUGAGUCUGUCCUGGAGCUGGUAACAGAUGAGACAAAGAACGGAGAGGCUCUCCUGGUCUUCCCCAAAGGAAAGAAUUACAUGACAUUUCCUUCACUCUAGUAGCUCCUGGCACAGACAAAUGACAGCACUAUCAUACAGUACAUACAGGAAUUUGUGAUCAAAACUGCAGGGCUUCUCAUUGUUUUUAAAAAUACAUUUUGUUUCUAGUUAAUCAUUCCAUUUCUACCCUACCAUAAGUCAGCGUGACCUCAAACAUGUCAACUUUUAUUGGAACGUAUGAGAGAUUUCUGUCACUACAUUUAAAAUCCAGAAAGUCCAGAAUGUAAUUUUGCGUGAUGACCAUGGGGUGUUGCUAUUCAACCGACAAACAUGUCCAUCUUGAAGGGUUAGUUCAUCCACAUUACCCCAUUAUUAUAUUCCAUAAUCAUCUCAUUCUGCAUAUAAUGUAAUGAAGUCAUAAUUUGUGAACAAUAAAUAUACUCAUGCACAUAAA